AUGGCCUUUAUUUACAUGCAAAGACACAUUGAAAUCCAAUCUGGCUCAACGUUCUUGCUUAGGAAAGCGGUAGUAUGGGGAGCUCGCAAGACUGGUGGAUUCAAGGGAUCCGUUGGAGUCCUGACCUACUACGUUCCAAACAUCCACAGAACGCUUGCUGUGAUGUGGUCUGUUCCUUAUGAUUAUUUCUGGUACGAAAAUUGGUGGAACGUGGAGCUUUACAGAGGAGAUGUAAAGGCCAGCCAUAGUAUGUGGAGCGAUCUGUACUAUGACGCAAACCCCUUCAAGGCAAAUGGUUGGCAUGAAAGAGACCUCGGUACUAGUUGUAAAUUUCGCGGCUCUAUGACCAGCCAUGGUCAAGCUACUUUGGAGAUUCAUGUUUCUACAAAAUGA